AGUAAUAUAACGUGCCACUGGAAUAUUGUUUUAACUCGUUUUUAAUUUGAUAUGUACCUGACAGUGCUUUACAACGUAUUUGGCCGUAAGAUGUGUGGAAUUUGAAUAUUUCUUGGUCUACCUGUAAGAACUACGACAAUACUAAUAAUGUAACAAUGGCUUCAUCACAUGAAAGGCUCCUUUUGGUCUACAGAUCUUUUCUCUGGUAAAAAUAAUUGCUCUUUUGGCUUAAUGAAUGGAACAUAAAUCAUGGAGGUAGCCGAGCUAUUAGAUCGGCUAGAAUCAAAUCAACCAGAAAUUGUAGAAGAAAGCAAGAAAAAAUUUCGUGAAAUCUUCCUUAAUACCAAAGAAUCGUGGCUUGUGAACGGUCUUUGCGACUACUACUUAUCAACUAGUUCAUCAAGGUCAGUUGAAAUACUGGUGGGUGUUCGUGAGCCUCAUGAUAGACACCUCUUUGAUAGGUUGUCCGAUUCAUUAAAAGGUUCGUCAAAACUUCAAACACUAACAUUACUGGGUCACAUUGUGAGAAGGCAUCCAGCAUGGCUUCACAAAAUUGCUCACCAUUCUCUUCUAAAGGAAUUACUGAAGUUACUCAAGGUGGAGACUGACAUUCUGCCUCUCAUGACUGCACUCCUUGUAUUAAUUGUUCUUCUUCCUAUGAUCCCUGAUUUAAUUGGAGGCUACCUUCAAGAUAUAUUUGAAGUAUUCAGCCGUCUUGCUGCAUGGAACACCAAUAAUCCCAAUAAGUUGCCAGAGGAACAUCUUUUACACUUGCAGGUGGGGUUGUACACCCUUUUUCAUCGCUUAUAUGGGAUGUAUCCUUGCAAUUUUCUGUCAUACCUGCGUCAUGAGUAUGGCCAGAUUGAGAACCUUGGUAUAUUUAGUCACACGAUAAAGCCAAUGUUAGACACAGUUAAAAUGCAUCCCCUUCUGGUCACAGCCUCCAAAGAUGCAGAAACAGCUACUUCCAGGUGGAUGAAGAUGGAACACCAUGAUGUGAUUUUGGAAUGUGCAAAAUUUGCCUCAUUGGAUACUCUGGAAAGACCUCGGGAAGAAGUCAGCCAUCAAGGCCUCCCACCAACAUCAAGAAAGCGUUACAGUUUAGAGCACAGCAGCUUAGAGUCAGCGUACCAGCAUCAAAUUAAAGGAAAUCCAAGCCUCAAUCCCACAAGCAGCCAGGUGACACAAAAAGAAGAUUGGAGCCCCAGUAUAUUCUGUGGCAUGGACACACCACCACCACAAGAAGUUGUUCCUACCUCCAUACCACAGACUCCAAAUUCACAGAGCUACAUUGUAAGUUCUUCUGUGCCUCAUCAGGAAGGUACAUCCCCGCCAGAAGCAGCCAUUGAAGCUACCCCAGAAACAACCCCUAUCAAGGAUAUGAGACACUUGGGAAGACACCCUCCAGUAAACUCAAGUGUGGCACGGGCUCUUACCUCAUUCAGUAGCAGUAAGUGGGCAGGAGUGACAUCUGGCAGCUCAACUCCUGCCCAGUCUCAACCUUCAUCCCCCAUGAAAAAGGAACCAUCACCUUUCCGGUUCCCUCCAGAAGGCAGUAAUUCUUCCAAAUCGGCAUUUGAGCAACCGCAACGGGAUUCUAUGCCAUCAGCUUUCGAGCGUCGUGAUUCUUUGUUCUCACAGAAAAUACAGAGAAUACAACAGGAUCGAAUUCAGGUAAUAGAUUCUUUAGCAUUGAACGUUCGAUCCAAGAUGUCUGGGGUUCCGCCUACUAGUCCUCUCCGCAGCAUUGCUAAUGAAAUAAGCAUCCCUAAUAGUCCUGUACAUAUGGAACCUACUGCCCCAGUUCCAGGAGGAAAGGAAUGGUUGGUUGCCAAGCCCGUGCCAGAAAAGAACGGAUUUAGGUUUGAUUCUGCCGAAACAUCCGGAACAGUGUCAUCACACCUAGACAGCUCCCAAGAGGAUCAAGAGGUUUUAGAAAUUGUGAGGCAGGGGGAGCAAUGGAGUAUAGACACGCAACCAAAACAGUCGAGUGUAUUGCCAUCAUCACAGAGGCAGUGUGAUAGUGUACUUGAAGAGUUUCAUCCUCCUCAUAUGGAUGAUUAUGAAGAGUGUGAGCAGGAGAGUGGUUCUCCUUGCACAUCAGGUGGUCUCCACAUGCCCACUAGCCGUUCCAUGAGAGAGUUUGCUCAUCGAGUUCAUCAGCAGCAUCGCCAGCGAUGUUACAGUCAGUGCACCACAGAUACAGAAAGAUCAUAUUUAGCUGGUUUCAGUACAGGUAGCAGCCCUGGUGAGGGUUCUGCUGCUUUGCUCCACUCCCGUGUUCAGCGAGCUAAUUCCUGCCCUGAUAUGAAGAGGGGCCCAGUGCUACCUGGAGCUGAAGCUAAUAUAGGUAGAACUUUAGAAGAAAAAGAAGAACUAGAAGAUUUAGAAGGAGCAUUGUCAAACUUAGAUGUUAACGAGCAACCACAUACAACCAAUGGAAGAGAAGAAGAAAACGACCAGUUGUCCCAAGAAUUUGCUAGUGUAACCUUUAUGAAGCAAAUGGCAACAGCAAGUACACAGACUGUAGAUCACUGGAGUCCACUGCCAUAUGAACAUCUGUUUCUGGGGGCCUUUCCUCCAGUAGAACAUGCUCAGACCCACAAUGGAGAGAUGAAAGCAAGCACAGCACCAAGUCCAGCUCCAUUGUGCCAUCACACUGAACUGUUUCCAAGGUAUUCUCCUUAUGCCAUGCUGGACAAAUAUAUUGAAACUGUUAUUCAGGGACAUGGCAAGGAUGACAGAGAUACCAAGAAAGCAAACGUGCAGGGUUUGGAAAGUGAGUUAAAGACUGUGAAAGAACAGCUGACAUUACUUAACAUCCAGCUGCAGUUUGAAAGGCACAGAAGAGAAGCUCAUGCAGAGAGGAAUCGAAGACUGCUUGGAAAAUCUAGAUCAAAUAGAGCACUAGAGGAACAUAAUUCUGCAUUGCGUGAUCAGUUGAGUUUGCUUCAGAAGGAUAUUGAGAAUUUGUACAAUGAACGUGAAAAGAAAAAGAAGGAGGUGCAGAUAACAGAACAGCAAUUGCAGGAAACGAUCAACUACUGGCAAAGCCAGUGUAAUACUCAUCAGAAAGAUAUCAAGGAGCUUAGGCGUAAGAAUGAAUUGUUAGAACACGAACUGAAGCAAGCAAAGGAAAAGGCAACAACGAAUAUGAAGGAAUUGCAGCAAGUGAAAUCAGUGUUCUUUGAAGUUACAAAUGAAAUGCAACAUGCAGUAGCAGAGGCAAGUGCAGGACAGCAGUUACGCAGCAACCUGGAAGAGUUACAGAAGGAACUCAUUCUGAUGGGAGAGCUGCAGCAGAAGUACAGAGAUCGUUUCUCUCAGCUACCACUCCUCAGGCAUUAUGAAGAAGAGCAGGCACAUUUGCAUCACUCUUACCGUGAAGAACUCAAAGGAGUUAAUGAGAUGCUGGAAUCACGGAACUCUCUCCUGGAAGCUGCAAAGGCACGGAUUAUUGAACUGGAUUCUGUGGUGACACGACGAGAUAUGAUUAUUGCUGAUCAGAAACGGAUUUUGAAACAGGUUAAGGAGGAAUAUCAAAAGAAGUUAGAGGCAGUUGAAAGCAAGUGUGAUACGCAUCGUGCCAUCAGACAAAGAAUGGAAAGUCACGUAUUGGAAUUGUACCAUCAGUUGGAUAUAGCAGAGAAGACUAGCAAGGUGAAAGGUUCAAGGUCACCAGACAGCAGUGCAGCCCAUGAAGUCAGUGUCAUUUCUGCAGGGUCAGCAGAUAAGCCCAGUUUUAGUCCUCACAGUUCACCAUUAUCAGAGUCUCUGGGUUCAGCUGAAGGAUCUCUGUCAGGCAUUUUGAGUGGCAAGGAUGUGGGGAUGAAGAAUUUACAAGUGAUAGUGGAUCAGCCAGAACAGCCUUCAGCAGAUCAACAGCAGCCUGUAACAUCACAACAGUCAGCCAGUAUGGACAUAGCAGCUGCAGAUAAUAGUAUACCAGAGGAAGAGGGCUGAGGAGAAUGAAAACUAAUUAUAAUAAUGGUGAGUACUGAGCAUUAGCUACCAGGCUGAUUGUAGUGGCCAGGAAGUUCAAGCUUUAAUCUAGGCUGCAUAAUGUUGCAAGACUAGUUUUGAAGUUCCUCAUAGGUCAUACAGAGGCGGUUCUCAGACAUCAGCCUGGCUCUCUCUGAUACCCAGGGCAUUUUAUUGUCAUAAAUACAAGAAUGUAAAAGUAAGCUUUACAGAUAUUUUUCAUAUCCCAGCAGAAGUGUGGGCCUUUAUUCUCCUUAAGGUGCUCAAGCCAUAUAUUAAUGUAAGAUAGAAUAAAUUAAAUUUGUUGUUGCCAAAUAAAAAUUUCCAUUUGAAUCAUAUAUAAGAAACUGGUUUUUGUUUGGUAACAAGUGUAAACAUUCUUUGAUAUAUAUCAGAACUGCAAACAACUGGAAUUAUUAACCAUGUCAGCUUUGUUCAAUUCAUAGUGUCAUAUUUGAUGGUGAAAUUUCAGUAUUUAUCAGUGUGACAGAUCAGUUCGUUGGAUUGAUUGCCCAGUUCAAACAUAAGCAAACACCUUUCUUUGUUAUGAUUUCAGUAUGCUAAAUAUAUGGUUUGCACUGUCACAUUUUUAAUAUUCUGGCAUAGAAGUAUGUAAUUUGGAAGUGCUCAGUGUUACAGUGAUACUCAUGAAAGUGUAUGCUGCCAAGGAUGUUCAUCCCAAAGUCAAACUCUGUUGUAUUUUUCAGGUAUUGUAUCAUUUUGUAGCGCCUGUAUGCUUUAUUUUGUAUGAAUGAAUGGUUCACCUUUGCGGUAUGUUAAAAGAUACAGUUUGUUCUAUGAUCCAUGAAGCUUCAUGUCUCUGUCUCAAAUCAUAGCAUUAUUGUAUUGUUGUGGCUUAUAUGAAAUGUUCAAAAUGUGUAACUAUUUUACAGUGAAAUGUUAUUAAAUUCUUAAAGCAAUUUAUUA